UUAUACAAAUAAAAACAAACAAUGUCUCCAGAUACUGUAAUGCCUCCCCACCCCGGUCUUGAUGGUUUGGCCAACAUGGAAGAGCUUAAACAUCUUUGCCCUGCCUUCUCAAAGGGUUGCCCUUACGCUGUUUUAGAAGAGGUCGAUUCUCUUGCUGUUAGCCACGGUGAGCUUUCUCGCUGUCCUGCUUUCAAAGAUGGAUGCCCAUUCUCUACCAAGUCUGAACAAGAGAUUGUUGAUUUGAUGGCUCAAAUCCCUAAAGAUCAUCCUACGCUGAACAUGACAGAACUUCCUUCUUGUGAAGAGGGUGUCGUUCUUGUAAAGACUUUAAAUCGUUUCCUCGACAAAACUCAACUUGCACAACUUUUUAAUUUCAAGCAAGAUGAGAAAAAGGUUGAAGAGAAGCCCAUUGAACAGGAACCCGAAUACCUUGAAGAUCCUCAAUUAGCUUCUGCUAUGCGUGAAGGAACAAAGGUUGUUCACAGAGCUGCUGAAACUAGUAUCUUUACGAGACGUUUCCUCAAGGGAGAAAUCAAUGCCGACGAAUAUGGCCGCUAUAUCAAUUCUCUCUAUUUUGUUUACAAGUAUAUGGAAGAAUUGCUUGAGCAGUAUAAGGAUCAUUCUGUCGUCAGUAUCAUUCAUUUCCCUCACGAAUUGAACAGAAGAGUAGCCAUUGAACAAGAUCUUGAAUUCUUUUAUGGUAAGGAUCGCGUUGCCGAACUCAUUGAUGUUAAAACAAUGACUCCUGCCGUUAAGAAAUACGUUCAGGCUAUGCAAGAUGCUUGUGCCAAGAGCCCCGCACUCUUAAUUGCCCAUAGUUACUCCCGUUACUUGGGUGAUCUCAGUGGUGGUCAGAUCUUGUCCAAGAGACUCAAGAAAAGCAUUCUUAAACUUGACGAAAACGAUAGCUCUUGGGACACUAUUGAAGGUUUGAACUUUUACCACUUUAACAACCUGGGUAAUCAAACGGAUUUCAAGAACUUUUAUCGUGAACGUCUCAAUGCUGCAAAGGUUGAUCAAAAUACUAGAGAUCUUAUUGUCUCUGAAGCUGUUCAGUCAUUUGAAUUGAACAUCGCUUUAUUUGAUGAAAUUCAAGAACUUUCUGAUGCUGGUCAACUUGCUUCUUCUGUAAUCCAACCCACCAUUGAAGAAGAAAUCCUUGUUGAAUUAAAGGAAAUCCAAGUCGAAACCACUGAAGAAGCCAAGCCUAAAAAGAACGGAUGUUCAGGAUUAGGAUGCAUUGGUGCUGUCACUGUAGGCGUUGCUGCUAUCGCUGUCGGUGCUACUAUUUAUCAACGUUAUUAUCUCAAGAAAUAAUUUUCUUGAAGUAUAAUCAACACUUAUUUAUUUAUUUAUUUAUUUAUUUUUACACUUUUAUUUCUACUAAUAAAAUGUGUAAUACUCCUCCCUCA